AUGCUUGUUAUAUUUUUCUUAGAUGAAAAGAUCACCUGGCCAGAAGCACUGUCAUUAUUUAUAGUCUAUCUUCUAUAUUGCACAAUUAUGAAAUUCAAUGUGUUCUUGGAAGAAUGGGUAAAGACCAAGCUGCUCGGUGAGAAACUCGAAGACGAUCUGCCAGAACCAAUCAUACUCAACAUGAAGCAUGUCAAUGGGAAUAACAACAAUGUGAGUGAAUGCUGUUUUCAUUCAAGCUCUGUAUAAUA